GCCGAACCGCCGACAGGAGAAUCCCACCAGCCAGCAACAACACGUCUCCGCGGCGGCUCCUCAUCCUCCUCCUGGCUUAGCUAACACAAGGAGGAGGAGGAGGAGGCAUUCUGUGGCGUGGGGGAAAUCUCCAUGGGUUUGAGGACAGAUAUGUUGGGUUGCUUCUUGCACUCCGGAUCAGGAAGCUGCAGAAGAGACGAGAAGCAAAGAUCUACGCAUCAAAGGCUCAAACAGUGCAAACCUGACCUGAAGCACCGCAGCUACAGAGGACCAUGGCAUUUUCAGGGAUACUAAGCGACGAGGACAUCAAGGCUGCGGUCCAGGCUUGUCAAGCUCCGGGCACAUUUGACUUCAAGUCGUUCUUUGCUCAAGUGGGACUGACCAGCUCCUCCGAGGCAGAUAGAAAUAAAGUGUUCACGGUCCUGGACCAAGACAAGAGUGGAUUCAUUGAGGAGGAGGAGCUCAAGCUGUUCCUUCAGAACUUCUCUCCGGGGGCGAGAGAGUUGACUGUGGCUGAGACCAAGGUGCUGAUGGCUGCGGGCGAUAAGGAUGGAGAUGGCAAGAUUGGAAUGGAAGAGUUCUGUGACAUCCUGAAAUAAAGAGGAUGAACAUCUUUGUUGUUUUGUUUUUUCCUUGUUUUAAGUUAAUGGGUUUUGUAUGAAAAUCCUGAUUUUCCAGAUUGAUUUUUGCAAAACCAGAGACCUGAGAUCUUCUCUGCCUGCUGCUCUCCCUGUUCAUGUGAUCCAAUAAAGAUGUUUGGUGGACAGAUGGCUUAAGCUGGAUGUUACAGUUUGUGUUUGUGUGUUUUUAAUCAGUUACCUGGAAUGGGUUAAUAAAUUAAGAUCUGAU